UAUAGCCAAAUGUCAAAACACUAAAAUUUGACAAUCUGUGUCGUAGGUUUGGUUGUUAAAUUUUAUUUGGUUACACCUUAGAAGUAACAACAAAAAGUUUUAUACACAAGUAGAAUGGUGCGAGACAGAAGUCCUGAAAGGAGGCGAUCGCGCUCCAGAGACCGGCGUGAUCGCGAUCGUUACGACGAUCGUGACUCGUAUCGGGAUAAGACUAAACGCAGAGAAAGGUCGAGAAGUCCUAGAAAAGACCGCGAUCGGUCGCGAAGUCCUAGCAAGAAAGACAGGGAUAAGUCUCGGAGUCCGGGAAGAAAGGAACAAGACAGAGCUAGGAGUCCUGGAAGAAAAGAUCGCGAUAGGUCAAAAAGUCCGGCGCGUAAAGAACGUGGUCGUUCUCGUAGCCCUAAGAAGCGCGACGUUAAAGAUAAAGAGAAAAAGUAUGACGAAAAAGUUAGAGGUAAAAAAGAUGACGACGCUAAAGUUGAAGACGAAGAAUUAAAAGACCUAAAUAAAAAUGAUGUAUCAGAGUUGAAAAAAACAAUAAAGAAAGAGCCUCUAUCACUGGAGGAGUUGUUGGCGAAGAAAAAGGCGGAAGAAGAAGCCCGCAGCAAACCUGUGUUCCUUACAAAAGAACAGAGAGCUGCCUUAGCUUUGGAAAGACGUCGGGAGCAAGUAGAAGCAAUGAAAGCUCAUGUUGAUAGACCUGCCAUUGCUACCAUAGAUCUGACUGGUCCAUCUAAGAAAGAGGAGAAAGAAAAAAGUAGAGAUGAACGUGAUAGAGAGAGACGGGAAGAGAGGGAGCGUAAAUAUGAAGAGAGGAAGGCUGCUGCUGAUAGAAAAAGAGAUAAUAAUGAGGAAUCAUCUAAAACAAAGGAUAAAGAAAGAGAAGAGGAAGCUAUUAAGGCCCGCUAUUUGGGUAUAAUUAAAAAGAAACGUAGAGUCAGAAGACUCAAUGAUAAGAAAUUUGUAUUUGAUUGGGAUGCAUCAGAAGACACUUCGAAUGAUUACAAUACUUUGUAUAAGGAAAGACAUCAAGUGCAAUUCUUUGGUCGCGGCCACAUUGCAGGCAUAGAUAUAAAAGCACAAAAGAAAGAUCACAGCAAAUUUUAUGGAAAUCUAUUAGAGAAACGUAGGACCGAACUUGAGAAGGAACAAGAGAAGUUACGUUUGAAGAAGGUAAAGAAGAAGGAGGACAAACAGAAAUGGGAUGAUCGUCAUUGGUCUGAGAAAGACAUGGAGGAGAUGACAGAAAGAGAUUGGCGUAUCUUCAGGGAGGACUAUAACAUUACUAUAAAAGGAGGAAAGAUUCCAAACCCAAUACGUUCCUGGAAGGAAGCUGGCUUCCACCCCGAUAUAAUGGAAAUUAUCAAUAAGGUUGGCUAUAAAAGCCCAACACCCAUUCAGAGACAGGCUAUUCCAAUUGGUCUACAAAACAGGGAUAUUAUUGGUGUUGCUGAAACUGGUUCCGGUAAAACCUUGGCAUUCCUUAUACCCCUCCUUACAUGGAUUCAGUCACUUCCAAAAAGUGAACGCAUGGAAGAUGCAGAUCAAGGUCCAUAUGCCAUCAUAUUGGCUCCAACUCGUGAAUUGGCCCAACAGAUUGAAGAAGAGACAAACAAAUUUGGUGUCCCAUUAGGCAUCACUUCAGUAGUAGUUGUUGGUGGGCUUUCCAGAGAGGAGCAAGGUUUCAAACUCCGAUUGGGGUGUGAGAUUGUGAUUGCAACACCUGGUCGUCUCAUUGAUGUAUUGGAUAAUAGAUAUUUGGUCUUAACUCGGUGCACAUAUGUUGUUCUUGAUGAAGCUGAUCGUAUGAUUGACAUGGGUUUCGAACCUGACGUACAAAAAAUUCUGGAAUACAUGCCAGUGUCUAAUGUAAAACCAGACACGGAUGCUGCCGAAGAUGCGUCUCUACUGCUUGCAAAUUAUAACACGAAGAAAAAGUACAGACAAACUGUGAUGUUUACAGCUACUAUGCCACCGGCCGUGGAGCGCUUAGCGAGAAGUUAUCUCCGAAGACCUGCUAUAGUAUACAUCGGAUCUGUUGGCAAGCCUGUCGACAGAACGGAACAAAUAGUGCACAUGAUCGGCGAAAACGAGAAGCGCAGAAAGUUAACAGAGAUCCUCCAGCGUGGCGUGGAACCACCUAUUAUUAUAUUCGUCAACCAGAAAAAAGGCGCAGAUGUACUGGCUAAAGGUUUGGAGAAACUUGGCUUCAAUGCUUGUACAUUGCACGGUGGUAAAGGCCAAGAGCAGCGUGACUUUGCAUUGGCUAGUCUUAAGAACGGUUCGAAGGAUAUAUUGGUGGCGACAGACGUCGCUGGUCGUGGUAUUGACAUUAAAGACGUCAGUAUGGUCAUCAAUUACGACAUGGCGAAGACGAUCGAGGACUACACACAUCGUGUCGGUCGUACUGGUCGUGCUGGCAAAACUGGUGUGGCUAUAUCAUUUGUGACAAAGGAGGAUUCGGCACUUUUCUACGAUUUGAAACAAGUGCUGCUGGCUAGCUCGGUAUCCACCUGCCCGCCGGAACUAAUGAACCAUCCGGAGGCUCAACAUAAACCUGGCACAGUGGUUACAAAAAAGAGAAGGGAAGAAAUGAUAUUUGCGUAGACAUGAGUAGCUUAUAUUUUCAAUAGUGAUGAUGUAUCAGUUUUAUUUUUAAAUUAAACCAUUGAAUAUAAAUAUAAUUUAUUUAUUGUAUUUCA